AUGGCCGCCGCCUCUAGUGAUAUUGGUCAACCUCUGCUGACCUCCGCCGACGGCCAGGGCCCGUCCCAUGAUUUGGCUCCGUCUUACAACGACUUAUCCAACCCUCAAGCCUUUGACAAGCUUAAUCAGCGUCUCACAGCCCCUCAAGAAGUAGCCUCGGGUCCCAAUGGGUCCGGUCCUUCAGCUCCACCAAAACAAACAGCUCCCGAGCCUCUGACGUUUGGUCGGGCCGCUAAAAACCUCUUCACAUCGACUUUUGGCUUUAACAAAAUCCCCUUCUCUUUCCUCUUCAUUUUCACAUACCUUUUGGUAGCGCUUGUAGUCACUCCAGUCCAAGUCCUGCCACCCCCAGGCGACUUGGCUACCGACGCUGGGUACCCAGAAAAGUUUCUGCUCGGGUCCUGGACAGACCUCCAGGAAAUUUCUCGGUACUUUCACCCUUACUCGUCGCAUGCAAAUGACAUUGUUCACGAUUACAUUCUCAACAAGGCUCGCGACAUUGCAUCUCACUCAUCCAUUACCACCAUCCAUACCCGUGACGACACCCGCAAGUUUUUGUUUGAAGAACCUGAUGUUUUUGAUCCAGAACUCACCGGCCGUGCCGUUUACUUUGAAGGUAAUAAUGUUUUGGUCAAGAUUCAGGGUAACGACUCUGCUCUUGGUUCCAUUCUUAUAUCUGCUCACUACGACUCUGUUCCUACCGCUUACGGCACCACCGACGAUGGUGCAGGCAUUGCGUCAAUGCUUGGUAUUUUGCGCUAUUAUGCUGACGAAAAAACCCCGCCUCCUCUCCGUUCCAUCAUUUUUAACUUUAACAAUGACGAAGAGUUUGGUUUGUUGGGUGCUCAGGCCUUUUUCCGUCAUCCUUGGUCUAAUGAUGUUGAGGCUUUUCUUAACCUCGAAGGUACCGGUGCUGGUGGUCGUGCUGUUCUUUUCCGUGCGUCAGAUUACGGCGUGGCCAAGCAUUAUCGUGCUGCUUCAGCUCCUCAUGCAAAUUCGAUUUUCCAACAAGGCUUCACCGACGGGUACAUUCGUUCUGAAACCGACUACAAGGUCUAUACUUCCAACGGUCUCCGCGGUCUUGAUGUGGCUUUCUACAAGCCUCGUAACCUCUAUCACACUCGUCGUGACUCAAUUAGCGGAACUACAUACGGUGCUCUUUCACACAUGUUUACAAAUGCUCUUGAUGUCGUUCGUUCCAUGUCUUCUGCUCCUGCAGGCGACUUUAAUGCCACAGCGGAUGACAUCUCCCCGGCUGUUUAUUUCGACAUUCUGGGACAGUACAUUGUAGUACUUCCUCUUGAUCAGCUUUUCCAAGCCCAGGCUAUUGGAAUUAUUGCUGGACCCAUCAUCAUUGUUGGUCUUUUGUUGCUUGUACUCAAGACCAACUCCUGGCACAUUGGCCUUCGCGGAUGGUUCCGUGGUAUUAUUUCCCUUGCCAUUUCCUCUGCAGCUGCAGUAGCCACUGCCAAGUGGAUUGAGAGCAAGAAUGAGCUUGUUGUCAUUUCCCAGACAUUUUCUCCCCUCUUACUUCUCUUUUCCAUUUUCCUUUUGACAAACUACUUUAUUCUGGGCUUUGCGGCUUACAUUUACCCAGUUCACGACCAGAAGCUCGUCAUUUUCCUAGAGAUCUUUAUCGUGCUCUGGGGGUUGCUUGUUGUUUCUACCAUCCACAUUUCCGAACGCAAUGCUACUGGCGAGUACAUUAUCCCCAUCCUUUACAUUGUUUACUUGGUUGCUGUUGUAUUUGGUCUCCUUGGUUUACUGUUUUCCACUACAGAUGACUUGACCAGAACCAAGGAGGAGGUCGCAGAAGAGGAAGAGUCUUUACUUAAUAAUAGAUAUGACUCCUAUGGUGCCAAUGAAAGCGAUUAUGAUAGCGAGGCUGAGGCUGAAGCUGCUGCUGAGGCAGCUGUUGAAGCUACUCAGGGUGUACCACACUCUUCCAAUGCCCAGCAGCAUACUCUUGCUGACCAUAAAACCACCAAAGAAAAGAUCCAGCACCUUGCCAGUAAGUCGCUUUCUUUGGACUGGUCGAUCCAGUUUUUACUGGUGGUCCCCAUUAGUGCUUACUUUGUCUACUCUUCCGGUUUACUCACGUUCGAGGCUUUGCGUGAAAACGCACAGGAGGGCGCAUCGCGUGCUUCAGGCGUCUACACUGAGCUCACGGUGGUGGCCGUUGUUCUUGGUGCUCUUGUGUUGCCCUUUGUCCACCGCUUACACACUCUUGUUCCCGUGGUGCUGCUCGGCACUGUGAUUGUGUGUGGUUACAUUUCUCUUUGCUUCCCUGCUCUUUCAUAUGACUCGCCCAUCAAGAUCCGUUGGAUCCAAUCAAUCGAUCUGGACGAUACAGCCGUAGUCAACGGCUCUGUUCCUGCUACUGUUUCUGUGCUUGCUCGCCAAGGAUUUGCUUAUGAUGUCCUUUCGGACUUGCCCUCCAUUAAGCGUGAUAGCUUGCCAAUCACGUGCAGACCUUUUGGCACUGAUGACAAUGAAGUUUGUUCUUAUGAGGGUCCUCGUCCUUACGUCAUUGAUGGCGCUUCUAAGGAAGAGGCCGGUGAUUACUCUCGUUGGCUUAAUGUGACUGUACUGUCUACUCACAACAAUGUUAAAAAGAAGGAUUCUGUUUCUACGGAAGAAGACUUUGGUCCCUUCACGGGGUCCAUUUUCAUUGAAGCUAAAGAUAGUCGUGUUUGCUCUUUGUCAUUCAAUACCACCAUUUAUAAAUCUGGUGACAAGACUGCAUCCUCCCCUGUACGUACUGUGACUGUGUUUCACGAUAGUUUGGAUGAUAUUAAGGAGCCUCAACCUCCUAGCAACUCAAGCUUGCGUUCAAGUGAUGAAGAUGGCCAGACUCGUCUGCCACGUGUAACUGAUCCUGAUACACUCAAGUAUUAUAAGGGUAUUAAUGAUCUGACUGUACACAAGCUUAAUUGGACUCAGCAAGGGUACCAUCUUGAGUUUGUGUGGAUUCCUCGGUGGUUUGAAAACAAUAGCAACAAAGAUGAUGACAAGAAGGCAACAAGCAAGGCAAUUCCUCUUCAGAAGAAUGAAAAUUACAUGGCCACUUUUAACUCUAAAAUGGAUCAGCGGGAAAAGAAUCAACAACGUCUUAUCAAUGUUCUUGACUAUGAAAGUGACCUAGAAGAGGAAGACCCCACAACUGGUGCCGACAAGAAGGCUCUUGGAAUUGAGGUGCGAUGCUAUUGGGGCGAGUACGAUUCUGAGUCGAUUAUUGGGUCAGUGCCCGGGAAGGAGACGACGGUGCGCAAGGUACCUGCGCUGGACGAGGUGCUAGAGUACGGCCCGAACUGGGUGACAUGGACCAACUGGGCUGCUGGGCUUGUUGAGGUGAAGAAGUAUAUUGAGUUGUAA